AUGUCCGACUUCAUCAAAUCCCUCCCCAGCUGGGCCGGCACCACCUUCACCAAAAAGACCAACUCCCAAGUCCCACCGAUCCUCGACCCAACCAAAGUCACCCUCCCCAAACCCUUCGUCGCCAUCGUCACAGGCUCCAGCCGCGGCAUCGGCUCCGGCAUCGCCAAAUGCUUCGCCCAAGCAGGCGCCACAGGCCUGAUCCUCACCGCACGCACACAAGGCUCCUGCGCCAAAACCGAAGACGAAUGCCGCCGCGUCUCCCCGCACCCCUCCUCGCUCAAAAUCUCCACCUUCUACGGCGACAACGGCGACGAAGCCCACGCCACGGCCAUCGCCUCCCUCAUCGAGACCGAGCACGAUGGGAAAUUAAACCUCCUCGUCAACAACGCCGGCUUCCUCCUCGUCGACGGGACCGCCUUCGAAAAAGUCGCCGACAUCAACUGCCCCAACAUCGAAGCCAUGACGCAGACCUGCUACGUCGGCCGCUUCUACAUGACCAAGCACCUCAUGCCGUACCUCCUCUCCGGCGCCCCCGACAAACUCCGCGCCAUCGCCAACAUCUCCUCCGUCGGCGGGCACGUCUCCGGGCCGCUGGGCUACUCCAUUUCCUGCCUGGCCACGAACCGCCUCUCGCAGCGCGUGGACGAGUCGUACGCCGAUCAGGGGCUUUGUUGCUAUGCGGUACACCCUGGUGCGGUGUGGAGCGAUGGGCCGAAGGAGUACCUCCCGCCGCGCAUGAAGGAUUUCUCGAAUGAUAGUCAGGAUUUGUGUGGGAGUUUUUUGGUCUGGUUGUGUAAGGAGCGAAGGCAGUGGUUGAGUGGAAGGUAUGUGGAUGCGACGUGGGAUGUGGAGGAGCUGGUGCAGAGGGAGGGGGAGAUUGUGGAGGGGGAUAAGUUGAAGAUGAGGAUGGUUGUUUAG